AUGACAUUAUCUCUGCGCAUGAAGACACUAUCAGGUGCGUACAUUCAAAACAAAUUAAGAUACUCAUUGUUAGUCGCCAAUAAUCACAAACCUAGCCAUAAGACUAGAACUACUUCCCUAAUAAUCAAUGCUUCUACAACCAAGAUGUCUUGCUGUCGAUUAGCGAUCUCUAACUGGACUGUAGUUAGAUUGUGUGUUCUGCUGGUACUGUUUAGUUGGACCAGUAUAGUCAGUAGCUCGAGUAUGGAAGUAGAUGAACCGGAUUUGCUAACUUCAAAGGAGGUAGUUGAAUCUCUAAAUAGGAUUGGUUUCUGGUGGGAUGAGUUUACCCCGCGUAUUGAGGUUAUAUCCCAUUCUCCAGAGAGAACCAGCCCAAAUCCAGCCCACCCUAGCUCUACACAGAACCAGGCACCUAUGUAUGCGAUAAGCUUUUCAACCCAUCCUAACUUUAUACGGAGCGGGACACCUAUGUAUAAGACACGCUUUUCAGGCUGGUGCAUUUCUUAUUCAGUCCCAAAGAAGCCAAUCUUAUUGAAGAAAGCACUGGAUGAAAUAAGAAGGAUUGCUGUAGUUGAGGCCCAGCAAAUUAGUAUUUUCUAUACUGUGGUCGAUGUAAGUUCCCAUAAAGAAUGUUUGUUGCUUCUGUGUCGGGUUCUGAACCUAGUUGAGUGUGAGAAGGCGGAACUUCUAGUUAGUCUCAGUCACAAAUCUCGCACAAUUAGCUUUCUACCUGGCGUUUCAGAUAACUUUGAUUUAGAUAUGCAUCGGCAAGCGGCUGAAGAUGCCAUUAAAUGGGCUAGCACGGCUCCAUUUCAUUUGGUUAUGCAGCUACGUAUUGACUCGCAUGUCUUUCUAACGUACAUAUUUAAUGGCCUCGUUAUAUUGCGACCUGUUUCACAGAUCACUAUCUAUAAUGAAUACCUUCCAGAUAUUUCUAAGUAUCUCGAGCGCUUAAACCUCACAGCUGACUCUGCCGUUAUAAUUGACCAUAUCAUGCCACAUGUUACGGUUGACGUGAAAUUCGUUCAAGAGGCUGCUCAUAAAUGCGCCAAAGUCAUAUUCGCUCUUGACAAAAACGGUGGCAUAAAAACACUAACCGGAUUUAAGAAACCAUCUGCUACAAGCCCAGCUAUAAUGAUAUCUGCACCAUGGCCUGACAUCCAAGACACUGCAAUGCACAAUAAGUCCUCAGCCCAUCUUCAUGGUCUAAUAUAUAAUGAUUGGCAUCACCGGGAAUGGAUUCAAGGAUUGGUUAAGAUCAACAAAUCUGAAUCGUGUCCUAGCCCCCUCAUCUUUGUCGAUAAUCUUAUUGUGGUACUCGUGACUUCGCACCUUUGCGAUUUCUUGGCCUUCCACAAGAAAGCAUUCUUCGUGGAUUCCUUUGCCAAAUGUGGCAUUUCCAUUGGCAAUGUUGAGGUUGAGUAUGCUGCUGGCCGAGAGGAUUUCUUUCAAGGAUUAGAGACUCUUUAUGAGGCCGAGGCUUUAUUAAAAGAUCCAGCAGAUCUUGUUGAUAAGAAUAUCGUGUGCCUUGGUCAUGCACUUAGUGACACUAGUUGGGAACUUAAAGAACCGGUCCAUAUCAGACUUGAUGGCUCACGUUUCACUCCAAUCUGCUCGCAUAUACGCUACACAAAACUUACUGUUAGUGGUGAUAUAAAGCCUAAGCCGGGGCAGUCCGGCCUGUGCAAUGGUUUUCUAAAUAUGAUACGAAGUAUCAAUGCGCAAGAACUUUGCAUCUUAAAUGUGCGUAAUUGUCCUUCAAUUGGCACCAACUUUGACAUGGCCAAACUAAAAAGCGAGAUAGAUAGACCUCUAAGAUUCAACAUCAAUGUCGGGACUUUGAUUCUAGAUAAUGUUGAUGAUUGCAUUUUAUACCGAAUGCUAGGUUACUAUGAGUUUACUAACUCAAAACCAACUGAAAUCCAUCUCCUAAACCAACGCUUCACUAGUCUUGCGAUUGCCCAAAUACUAGCUCUUCCUAUGGCCGAAAAGAUCUCUAAAAUCGUAAUUGAUAGCAUCAGUCGUCUAAAUGAGGUCAAGUAUUUCCACGAGCGAAAGGAAUUGAAUGAGUUCUCACUGUUUAACUAUCUCAAGAAGCGUAAAAGGACGGAAACAACUCAAAAACUUGACCUCCAUAAGCUCGUCCUAAUUCCUGAACCCAUCAUCUUCGACUCGUAUAACAUACCUUUACAAGCUCUCAAAGAUCUUGGUGUCCAAAUACUAACCCCGCCUGAUAAAUACAACACUGAUCCUCCUUUCCCCAACCAACCUCAUAUGAUAGAUAUGCAAAAGCUCAUUUAUUGCACUAUUACCCUUGAUGUCUUAAAAGCCGAUCUUUUUAAAUGUCAUGCCACCCCUUUCGCCCAACCUAACCUACCUCCAAACACAAUCCAGCUUGAUUCCAUUACUAAUAUGUUCCUGCGCAUAAGUGACGCCCAUUUCCUAACUAGAACUGAUUUGAAUACUAUUGUCUGCCGGCUGCGCUGUCGAUUCAAAAAUCUAGCCAUUCUCUGGCUGGCCAACUUUAAACUGAUCGAAGAAGUCCGGAGAUUGGGUUCGUACAAAUUUAUGGCCAAUAAUCUACCCCAUCUUCAGCUUAUUCAGAUCGAGGACAUAAUGCCUAACAAAGGCUCAAUUGAACUGGAGCUACAACCAUAUCUUGAUAAUAUGCAUACAAUUAAUCAAUGUCCUAAAGCUAUAUUCACCGCAAUAUCAUAUAUCCUGCUGUCUCAACUUUACACCCGUUGUGACAAAGUUGAGGACUACAUCCCCGAUUACAAGGACAUCAAUCCGACCUUUCAAACCAUCAUAACUAACCUCCAGGAAUUGAAGAGGACUGGCAAAAUUCCUUACUGUUCACAAUGUCGAAGAACCCUUUAUAUGCCCCCGGAAGACAUAGAAGUUAAUCAGGCAGAUAUUGCGGAACGUGAGCGCCAAGUUGAUUCGGAUGUAAACACCAAAAUGAUGUGUUAUCUUAAUUGUGGGCUUCCGAUUUGCAUUUAUUGUGCCAAGCCAGAUUAUAAAAUACUUCUCGAUCAUUGUGUCUCUUGCGAAUACUCAAAUAGAAGUAAACCUGUCUUCAACCGGCUUAUAAAGACUUCCUCGCCGAUUUUCAUCUUCCCUGAUAGUAGUGCUAAUAUCUCUAUUACCGAUCCUGGGCGACUCCAAACCAUACCAUGGAAGGACAAUCUCUACUACUUUUACUUAUCCUAUGAAGAUCCAGGGGUCUUACGCAAUGCCGACGAAAAGGACCGCCUUAAACACAUCUAUCACACUGAGUGCAGAGAAACCAAUCGCUUCAAUGCCUCUAAGUAA